AUGACUGCUCCAGAACUAUCCUCGUUCGAUCCUCGGAAGCAACUCAUCCCCAACAUCAUUGACCAUUAUGCUCAGGUUAAGCCCGAUACUAUCUAUGCUAAAUACCCUAUCUCCUCCAUGAGUUACGAAGAUGGAUAUUGCCCAAUUACCUUCAGAGCCCUAGCCAAUGCCAUCAAUGGUAUCGCUUGGUGGUUAACUGAAAAGCUGGGCCCGGGACAUGGGGAGAUCCUCGCAUACGUAGGGCCCAAUGACUUACGAUAUCCAGCCUUGGUGCUUGGCGCUGUCAAAGCUGGAUAUUGUAUGUUCCUCACUUCACCACGGAAUAGCGUGGUCGCUCAUAGCAGUCUGUUCAAGCGGCUCAACUGCACCACCCUGAUUAGCCCCGUGCCGAGACCACCAGCCAUCACAACUAUCCUAGAGGCAUACACCCUAAAUGUUCUGGAUGCCCCUAGUGUGGAUGAGCUGGUGAGCAAGGAAUAUCCCCAUUUCAACUUUCCGAAGACUUAUCCGGAAGCCGCCACAGAGAUUUUGGCUGUUCUCCACACGUCUGGUUCGACGGGUAUCCCAAAACCGAUUUUCUGGACCCACGAUACUGCUUGCAAACAUAUGGAGGUGGUGGUUCUGGAACCCCCAGCAGGAUAUGAGAGCCUGGACCACUGGAACCGGGCCAGGAGGAUGUAUUUAGUUCCGCCUCCCUUUCAUGCAGCCGGUCUUGCCUACCUACACUUCAUCGUCUUGGCUGUCGGCAUCAGUCUGAUCUUGCCAACAUCCGGCGGUCUUCCCACUGCAGCCGCCCUGGUCGACGCAAGAAAACGUACCCCCUUCGAGACUGCCUUGAUCGUGCCGUCGAUCGUCCAGGAACUGGCACAGAGCCCGGAUCUCCUGGACUAUUGUAGCAAACAUCUAACACAUCUCAUCUACUGCGGAGGGGACCUUCCUCAGCAGAUCGGUGACACAGUAGCUGCCAAGAUAAGGUUGGUGAACCAGUAUGGUGCGUCUGAGGUAGGGAUGGUCCCUUCCAUCUACUCCAAGACCAGUCGUGAUCCCCUUAAGGACUGGCGCUAUAUCCACUUCCACCCCAGCAUGGGAGUCGAACUCCGUAACAUCGCCGGGGAGGAGUACGAGAUGGUUAUAGCCCGAAACCCUGAACGUGAGCGUUAUCAGUUUCCUUUUACGCUUUUCCCUGAUUUACAGGAAUAUCACACUUCAGACCUGUUCGUGCGACAUCCGGAUCCCGCUAAGCCUGACCUCUGGCGCUGGUGCGCUCGUGCGGACGACGUGAUCGUCUUCCUCAAUGGCGAGAAAACCAAUCCAGUGUCAAUGGAACAGCACAUCAUUGCGUGUAAUCCAGAUGUGGCUGCAGCGCUCGUUGCCGGGUCACAGCGCUUCCAAGCCUCUCUGCUAGUAGAAGUGAACGGGAAGAAUCUCAGCGUAAGCGAACGCGCUGCGAUGAUUGAAAAGAUUUGGCCCAGCAUUGAACAAGCUAAUGCUGUUUGUCCCGCACAUGCGCGUGUGGCCAAGACUCAUAUUCUGUUCACGACGCCCGAUAAGCCCAUGCUUCGCGCCGGUAAGGGAACCAUCCAACGAGCCGGCACGCUGGCGCAGUACGCUCCGGAGUUGGAUGCCCUGUAUAUCGAUGCGGACAAGCUGGCACAAGACGAUAGUGAUCAGUCUGGACCAGGAUGCACGGAGGAUCCUAAGCUUAUCUCUGACUAUAUCCGGCAAUCCAUCCUUGCCAUCACUGGGUGGAAUGCGAACAAGCUGACGGAUACGGAGAAUUGGUUCAGUUUCGGGCUGGACUCCCUGCAAACAAUCACUGCCACUCGCAUUUUUAAGCGUGGGCUUGACUCUCCUACCCUCACCCCAAACCUGAUCUAUCUCUAUCCAACGGUGAUGGAUCUGACGCAAGCGGUACUACACCUUCAGCACCACCAGGAGGCGUCCAGAGAAGCUCAGAAGGAGGCCCAAUUACAAGAUCGAGACCAGCUGCUGCAGGAACUCAUCGGACAGCUGGCCACCGGCACCGCUCAUACUGAAACCCCCAAGGCCCAUACUGUUUUACUCACUGGCUCGACGGGCAAUCUAGGAACCUACAUGCUUGACACACUCUUAAGGAAUCCAAGGGUGGAGCAUAUACAUUGUCUUAAUAGGAAGGAUAAUGCGAUUGACGUGCAACGUAAGAAGAGCGAAGCAUACAAUUUAAACUCAGAUACAUCGCGCGUGAGCUUUUGGUCUGCAGAUCUCUCGCAGCCGGAUUUUGGGCUCCAGUCCGAUAUUCUUCAGAUGCUGCAGUCAACAGUCACCCUCGUGAUCCACAAUGCCUGGGCUGUUAAUUUCAAUCUCUCUCUGGCGUCCUUUAGGCCUAGCUUGGUGGGAAUGGUGAAUUUGAUCAACUUCAUCCGCAACGCCACUCAGUCCCCGCAUCUUUUCUUCAUCUCUUCUAUCAGCUCCACCAUGGGUCACCGCACUGACACGGGCUUGACUCCGGAGGAAUUGAUCACGACUACCACCCCGGCCCCCAACGGCUACGCCAACAGCAAAUACCUCGCAGAACACCUUCUCGCCCAGGCUGCCAAACAGAGCUCUUUGCAUGCUUCUUUCGCCCGUGUAGGCCAGAUCGCGGGCCCCGUGCGGUCUCGUGGCUUGUGGAAUAAGACAGAGUGGUUUCCCAGUCUCGUCCUGAGCUCCCUGCACGUUGGUGCUCUCCCCGACACCCUCGGGCCGGCUCUCGGCCGCAUUGACUGGGUACCAAUUGACCUUUUGGCCGAAAUAUUAAUCGACCUAGCUCUAAACAAGAACAAGACAGCCAACGACUCUGUCAAUGUCUUUCAUCCGGUGAACCUGCACCCCCUGACCUGGGAAGCAAUCCGGCCCAUCGUGGCAGAUGCUCUCCUCAAAACGUCCGGGAAAUCAGCUGAGAUUAUUCCCUUCCGAGCCUGGGUCCAGCGCAUCCGGCAGGACAUCGAGACAGCUGGCGCUGGCGGCAAGGUCCUUAGCGAAGAGGAGCUGCAGGCGCACGUAGCUAAGAACCCUGCCGUCAAGCUGCUUGAAUUCUUCGAGGAUAUCAUGUCCAACCCUACGCGGGAUAACGUGCUGGAUACGCAGCUCACUGCGCAGCGCAGUGGGAAAUUGCAAGCCGUGGAGGCUGUCAAGCCGGAAUGGAUCCAGAAGUGGGUUGGGGAGUGGGUUCAGUGA